GCUCGCGCGCCGCCGCCUCUAGAGCUUCGCCGGCGGCAGACAUUCGCGUCGGUCUACGGGCGGUACGGACUCAACCGGACGCCGGUGCCAACGACCGGCCAGCGCGGGCCGCUCCUCCUCGCCAUGGGGCCCCUCUCGGCGCGGCUCCUCAUGCAGCGGGGGCGUCCCAAGAGCGACCGGCUGGGGAAGAUCCGGAGCCUGGAUUUGUCGGGGCUGAAGCUGCUCUCAGAGCACUUGGACCCCAAGCUCCUGAGCCGCCUGAAGCAGCUGCAAGAGCUGGACCUCUCCAACAACCAGCUGGAGACGCUGCCCGCCAACCUGGGCCUGUCCCACUUGCGUGUCCUCCGCUGCGCCAACAACCAGCUGGGGGACGUCACUGCCUUGUGCCAGUUCCCGCAGCUCGAGGAGCUCAGCCUGGAGGGCAACCCCUUCCUGACUGUCAGUGACAACCUGAAAGUCUCCUUUCUCCUUCCCAAGCUCCGUAAGGUCAAUGGCAAGGAUGCUUCCUCCACCUGUUCUCAAGUGGAGAACCUAAAUCGGGAGCUGACCAGCAGGGUCACAGCUCACUGGGAGAAGUUCAAGGCUGCACUGAGCCCAGAGGAGGCAGAGAAGGCCCAGGCCGACUUUGUGAGGUCUGCUGUCAGGGACGUCCGCUAUGGGCCUGAGUCCCUCAGCGAGUUCACCCAGUGGCGGGUGCGGAUGAUCUCUGAGGAGCUGGUGGCCUCUGGUGGGAUCCAGGUGCAGGAGGCAGACAUCCCAGAGAGACCUCCAAAAGCCACAGCUGCCCGGGAGCCCAGGGCCAAGCCCGCGGCCUUGAAACGGCCGGACGACACCCCACUCAGCCUGUCUCCCAACAAGCGGGUGUGUACCUCUUCCUCGUCGGCCCACGUCGAGGGCUCUGAUGGCAGCCAGCCCACCCUGGAGCCCCUGCACUUUCUACAAUGUCACAGCAAGAACAACAGCCCUCGGGACCUGGAGACGCAGCUCUGGGCCUGCGCCUUUGAGCCGGCCUGGGAGGAGGGGCAGGCGGGGGCCACGUCUCAGACAGUGGCCACGUGUGGCGGGGAGGCCGUGUGUGUGAUAGACUGCCAGACAGGCAUCGUGCUGCACAAGUACAAGGCGCCUGGCGAGGAGUUCUUUUCAGUGGCCUGGACAGCCCUGACUGUGGUCACUCAGGCAGGCCACAAGAAGCGCUGGAGUGUAUUGGCGGCUGCAGGCCUUCGGGGCCUGGUUCGGCUGCUGCACGUGCGAGCUGGCUUCUGCUGUGGGGUCAUCCGGGCCCACAAGAAGGCCAUCGCCACCCUCUGCUUCAGCCCCACCCACGAGACCCAUCUCUUCACCGCCUCCUAUGACAAGCGGAUCAUCCUCUGGGACCUCGGGGUGCCCAACCACAAUUACGAAUUCCAAGCCAGCCAGCUGCUCACACUCGAUACCACAUCCAUCCCCCUGCGCCUCUGCCCUGUGGCUUCCUGUCCGGACACCUACUUGCUGGCUGGCUGUGAGGGUGGCUGCUGCUGCUGGGACGUGCGGCUGGAUCAGCCGCAGAAGAGGAGGGUGUGUGAGGUGGAGUUUGUGUUUUCUGAGGGUGCGGAGGCAGCCGGGCGGAGAGUGGACGGGCUGGCAUUUGUGAAUGAGGAUGUCGUGGCCUCCAAGGGGAACAGCCUGGGUACCAUCUGCCUGUGGAGCUGGAGCCAGACCUGGGUGGGCCGGGGCAAGCAGUCCACUCUGGCAGUGGUGGUCUUGGCUCGGCUGCAGUGGUCCCCCACGAAGCUGGCCUACUUCUCACUGAGCACCUGUCCCGGUGAGGGGAUAGUGCUGUGCGGGGAUGAAGAGGGCAACGUGUGGGUUUACGACGUCAGGCACAUCCUGACCCAGCCACCUCCACUGCCAGCAGCUCCGCAGGCCCCCACACAGAUUCUUAAGUGGCCCCAACCCUGGGCACUCGGCCAGAUGGUGACCAAGACCAUGGUGAACAUGGUGGUGGCCAACCCCACCUUUACCUACCUCACCGCCCUGACAGACUCCAAUAUCGUGGCCAUCUGGAAGAGACAGUAGCCAGAGUAGGGUUCCUGCCUCUGCGGCAGAGCACCAGGGACACGGCUUAACUUAUUCAGCUUUGGGGCUAAGGACGAAGAUCUUUUCAUCAGUGAAUAUAUUUUAUUAAUAAACUCUCUGCUGUCUGAGGGAA